AUGAAGUCCUCAGUCUACAUGCUCGGUGUGCUGCUGCCAAUUGCUGGGCAGUUAGCAGUAGCAGCCCCGAUUGCAAACUCGGACGCCGACUCUCUGGAAAAGAGACAAGUUAACCCCGCUGCUACGGCCGGUGCAUACGCCAAUCCCACUACUGCUGCCGUGGUUGCCGCUCCUACUACUGCGGGUGUGGGUAUCGCUCCUGGUAGUGCUAGUGUGGCUGCUACUGCUGGUACUCCUAGCCCGGCCAGUACUCCUGGCAGUGCCGUCCAGUCCGCCGCCGAGGCCGCCGCUUCUGCUGGUCUCCCCUCGGGAUCCGCCGUGGCUAGUGCCCCGCAGACCCCGCAGUGGCCGGAGAACGCGCCUAAGCCUGAGAGCCUGAGCCCUAUCCCUAAUACCCCGUCCGGUCCCCCGACCAUCGUCGUCAACUCCGCCGUUGCCAUUGCCAUCUCAGGCGGUAGUGGACAAGCCGCCGCAGCCGCCGCCGCUUCAGCUGCCGCCUCCUCUGGUGGAUCAGCUUCUGCCUCUGCUGCCGCCUCUGCCGCCGCAGCCGCAGCCUCUGCUGGUGCGAGUGCAAAUGAUGUCGCUGCCUGUGCAGCUGCAGCGGCCGCCGCUUCCUCUGGAGGUAGUGGAAGCGCUGCUUCAGCUGCUGCCUCAGCCGCCGUCUCCUCUUCUGGUGGAACAAGUGCCGCUGCAGCCGCAGCCGCAGCUGCUUCCGCCGCUGGUGCAAGUGGAUCAGAUGUUGCUGCUGCUGCUGCUGCCGCCGCUGCCGCUGCGGGUGGUUCUGGUGGACAGGGUGCCGCCUCUGCUGCCGCUGCUGCCGCUGCUGCUGCUGGUGGGGGAAGUAGUGCCGCCGCCGCCGCCGCUGCCUCUGCUGCUUCUUCUGGAGGUAAUGGAUGGGAUGUUGCCACCGCUACCGCCGCAGCUGCCGCUUCCGCUGCUGGUGCUAGUGGAAGUGAUGUUGCCUCUGCUGCUACGGCCGUGGCCUCGGCUUCUGGUUCUGGAAGUGCUGCUGCUGCUGCUGCGGCUGCGUCGGCGGCGUCUUCUGGUAAGAGCGGACAUGAUGUUGCUUCUGCUGCGGCUUCGGCUUCUUCUGCUACUCGUCGUGACAAUGGCUCUGGCUCUUGGGGUGGACACCACGAUAAUGGACACCACGAUGACGAACACCACGAUCAUGGCGACCACGGCUGUGAGAUCCGUGACGCAUUCUGGUACUACGACGAACCCAACCGCUCCAGCCAUCGUUGUGGCAGGGCUAGGGCUGGCUCGUACUUUGAGUCAUUCUGCAAGGACCACGACUGGUAUAAGACUUCAUUCGGAUGGGCCCAUCAGGACUAUAAACCCAAGGGCUGCUAUGUCUCGGUUCAAGCUUGCUAA